AUGUCAUCAUCGCGUUUAAUAGUGAAAGGUUUGCCUUCGAAUUGCACGGAAUCGAAGUUAAGAGCCGAAUUCACGAAAUUUGGUGUUUUAACCGAUUGCACAUUGAAAUACACGAAAGAAGGGAAAUUUCGACGAUUCGCUUUUAUCGGUUUUGAAAAAGAAGAAAAUGCGAGGAGCGCUAAAAAUCAUUUUAAUAAUACUUUUAUGAAUUCGUCCAAGCUAAAAGUAGAGGAAUGUAAACCAUUUGGUGAUGAAACAAAGCCGCGAGCAUGGAGUCGUUAUGCUAAAGACAGCAGGUUAGUUGUUAUCAAAAAUUCCAAACAUUUAAACGAUAUGUACGAUAUACAGCCAGCGAAAAAACAAAAAACACAGGAAGACUCUCGAUUCAGUGAAUUCUUGCAGUUAAAUAAUAAAAAUGAAGCGAGUGAUACAAAAUUGUCAUUGAUCUUACGUGGAAUUCCACCAACGGUAAAAGCAAAGAAUGUCAAAGAUUGGCUGAUUCCGGUAAAAUUGAAGGGAAUGAAGUUAGUUCGAAAUUCGUUUGAGUCAGCGGCAUUUAUUAGUUUUUAUCAAGCACAGGAUGUGGCUAAAGUUCUCAAGAGAAAUGGGCAGUUUAUCGGUGGAAAUAAGGUUCAAAUUACUACCGUUUCGAUGAAAAGUGGUAUGAAAACUUGUUCUAAUGAGGAUAAUUAUGUAUAUGAAGAUCGAAAAACUGAGAAUGCUAGUAUUACAGAAGCAAUAUUAGAAACAGGAAGACUUUUCGUUCGGAAUUUACCUUUUGUUUGCCGCGAAGAUGAACUGCAAUAUCUUUUUAAAAAUUUCGGUGAAGUUGCUGAUUUGCAGAUGAUUAUUAAUAAGAAAACCGGGCUUUGUAAAGGAUUUGCCAUUGUUACAUUCGUAUUUCCUGAAAACGCGCUUGCAGCAUUUUCAUCAUUGGAUGGAACUAUUUUUAAAGGCAGAAUGUUGCACAUACUACCUGGUGAAGAAAAAAAUCCAGUCAGCACUAACUUCAGUGGCGAAAUAGAUUCAAAAUCCUCUUUCAAAAAGAUAAAACUGCUAGAAAUGAAGGCAAAUGCUGGCAAAUCACAUUCAUGGAACACUUUGUUUCUUGGUGCGAAUGCAGUCGCUGAUACUUUUGCAGCAAAAUUAAAUGUCGAUAAAAGCGAUAUUUUGAAUGAUGUUGGUGAAACAAGCGCAGGAGUACGUUUGGCGUUGGCUGAGACUCGGCUUGUUCGCGAUACUCGUGAAUUCUUGCUAUCAAAUGGUGUUUGCUUAGAUGCCUUUUCACGUCCAUGUGCUAAACGUAGUGAUAUCACCAUUCUUGUGAAAAAUUUAUCAUUUGGUAUUGAUAUUAGUGAAAUAAAAAGGAUGUUUGAACGUUAUGGACCUGUAAAAAAUGCAUUAAUGCCACCAGAAGGCAUAUGUGCCAUUAUUGAGAUGCAGAAUGCAGUUGAUGCGCGAAAAGCAUUCAGUGGUUUAGCUUAUCGACGACUACGAAGCCAACCGCUUUAUUUAGAAUGGGCACCUUUCGAUGUUUUCAAUACUGUCACUUCAGAUGCAGUCUCUACUGAAAAUAUUUCUAAUAUUUCCAAAAAACGGGAUUUGAGCAAAGACGAGAAGAAAAUCUUAAGGAAAAGCAAGAAGUAUCGGCAAGCUGAAGCAGCACAGGUGGAAGAAUAUAAGGACUUUGUUCAUGAGGUAGAAGAAAAUGGAAGUAAGGCUGAUAACGAAAUGGAGACAGAUGAUGAGCAAGAUCAAUUAGAGUUAAACGCAAAUACGACAGUUUUUGUAAAAAAUCUCAAUUUCGACACUACGGAAGAAUCUCUUCGACAGAAAUUUGCUUCUCGAUUUAAGGUGCGAUCCGUGACUAUUUCGAAAAAGAGAGAUUUAAAUAAAAUGUCAAAGCCGUUGUCAAUGGGGUUUGGAUUUGUGCAGUUUUAUCGGGCCGAAGAUGCUAAAGCUGCUGUUAAAGAUAUGCAGAGUACUUUAUUGGAUGGACAUUGCUUGGAACUAAAGCUGUCACACAGAGAGAAUAUUGUAGAAAAGGCUCGUUCUCGGAAGUCUGUCUCCCUCUUGGAGCAAGGAGAAUGUACUAAGAUUUUGGUAAGAAAUAUACCAUUUCAAGCUUCCAGAAAGGAAAUGAUGCAACUGUUUGGUUCAUUUGGUGAGCUUCGAGCAUUCAGAAUGCCAAAAAAGAUAAGUACAUCAAAAGAAAGCCAUCGAGGAUUUGGUUUUGUCGAUUAUUUGACGUGUGCUGACGCUCGUCGCGCAUUUAAUGCCCUCGUACAUUCUACUCAUUUUUAUGGCAGGCGGCUUGUUCUUGAAUGGGCGAAAACUACUGAGACUUUAGAAGAACUCAGAGAAAAAACCAUCGCUGCGACCAAUAAAGCGGAAGUUCGUAAACAAAAGCAGAGGAUAAAAAGCAUAGAAAAAGAUUUGACUGUAAUUGAUGAUGACUGA